AUCGAAACCCCGGCUGUUUCGAUGGCGACGUCAAGCUUUAAGCAGUUUAAGUGAGGUCAAUGAUGUUAUUUUUCAACAUGAAGCAAUACGAAAGAUAAAAUCACACGAUGGGUGAUCAUCACAAGAAGGUUCUCAGAAAUUACCUGAAAUCUCAUCAGUCAAAAUCAGGGAUUGGAGAUACAGAAGGAAAUGCUGAUGAAAGAUCUCAAAACCCAAAUCUAAUUGAUAAAUUUGAGGGUUUGAAAGUCUUAAAAACUCCUGUAAAGGCAAAAUCAAAAUCUCCAGUUUCUGCAAAGACCCCAAUACAGAUGCAGUUACCGAGGAAGUUCACAGCAAGUCGGAAAGCCAGCAUUGAUGACAUGCCAGAUGAGGUCUUGCUCUACAUCUUUGGGUUCCUGCCAGCGAAUGACCUCCUGACAUCAGCCAGUGUCUGCAGAAGGUGGUUGAAGCUAUCCAAUGAUGAUGUUCUUUGGCAGGAAUUGUACAUGAAAUACGGACAGUUAAAGAAGCAUGAAUCGGUGGAGGUUCAAUUGAAGGUGCAUGGAGAUAUCCGAUGGAAACGAGAAUGUAUAAGAAGAUGCAUUGAAAAACGUAACUCACGGCUUAAGUUGUUGCUGAAGAAGAAAAGCAACUAUACUUUGCUUCCAGCAGACACUAAAAAAGUCAUCGAAAAACUUGGCAUCAGAUGGCAGUUAGUUUUAACAGACAGUGACAAGAAUGAGCAUUUCUUCGACCAAUCAGAUGUAUAUCAUUUUCAAACAUCAGUAACAGUACGGUGGUAUAGUCUGGAAUUUCCACCAAUCAAAAGCCUCUACCAAGCUGCAAUAUAUGCCUUAGCACCUCUAUUUUUCCAUAAGGAUGGCAGUGCAGUUAGUAACAGCCCAUGUCAAAGAUCUCUACUUCUGAAGGUGAGGCUAGAUGGCGGCUUUACAAAAGAACAGAUGGGUGCUGACGAAAGAGUAAGCCUCCACAGUUUGCGAGGGGGCCUAAUUCUUGGGACCUGGAAAGAUGGUGGUGAUCUUGCUUUUUUAAGCCAGUGCCUUCACUGUGCACAUCUCAUUCAAAAGUGUUUGCGUGGGUCAUCUGACAGCAUUUAUCUUCCAUUAUUAAAGAAGCCACCAAUGGAUGAUAUUGACCCACAAUAUGGUCUCCAUGACUACACCUGCAUUGUGGAGUUGCGUAACCAGAGGGCAGCACAGUGGAGUCAACAGUUCAGGUUCCUUCAUACUUCUAAGUCAGACUUAAAUGAUGGGUUUGCAAAACUAGUGCUAAUAAGGGAUGAUGUAAUGGAGGAUCAUUCAAGUACAAUUAAGAAACUUUCUCUUCCAUGGAAAACAGAGAUCUUCAAAGGAAUUGUACAGGACUUGUGCAUUAUGGAUUUAACAUUACAUGAUGAAUUCAAAGAGACAAUGUGGACAGUAAGCUCUCCUGUUGCAAUAUAUGAAUCAGACGAUCAUAAAGUUGAUUUCACAUAUGAUGGCCCUGCUUAUCACAUCAAGCACUCUGAUGAUAUUGGUCAUGUGAUCUUGAGAUUAAUCUGGAUUGAAGACAGAGAGGUGUUCAUGGUGACCAAAGGUGAACUAUAUCUAUCUUGCAAAGCAAUUAAUGACUGGUUCAGCACAAGGUACUAAGGCCAACAAGAGCAUACCCAGCCAGUCAACAUCAAGCCAUUUGGAAGCCACCAACUUGCGGUGAACUAGAAGGAAAAGGAAUAACAUUGAGUUUGAAUGUCAACAUAUGGUUGACAAAGUAGGACCAAGAUACACAGUACUAAUGUCCAGUGGUGUAACAGCUAUGACCUCUCACUGGCUAAAGCUAUGACCCUUUGGUUCCUUCAUCACACCAUUGCUAAGGUCAACAAAAGUCAAACACAGUUACACUUUUUUAUUUUAUAAGAACCAGUAAAAUUUUGGCCCAAGCGAAGUGUUCUUAUUUCACUCUCAAAAUGUACUUGUCUUAUAAAUUUUUAAGCAAUUUCAGCCUCAGUGUUCUUAUAAAAAUGUCUUCUUAUAAAAAAAAAAGUGUAAUCGAACAAUCAAGCCAUUUUAAAGCAACAUUAACUAGAGGUGAACCAGAAAACAAAGGUCUCAGAGUAGGCCUACAGCAUGAAGAAUUAUGGCAUUGACCAUGUCAUGCCUGUUAGUUGAAAGAAAUGCAAAAGUUGUGCUGUUGCUCAGUACUUGCCUUCCUAUUACAAGGACCUUGGUUCAAUCCUUAAAACUCGCAUUAAAUUCUCAUGCUUGCUGGAUGGUGUAAAGGGGAAAGUGCAAUACUGUACUGUAUAUUAUCAUGGAGUUCUUUAAUACAGAAAACUGAGAACAUCAUCAAUAGCUUAUAGGUGGCCAGAGCAUGCCAGAACAAGUAUUAAUGAAUGGAUCGUUUAUGUAUACAUAUGAAAAUGGAUUCAUAGGUAAUUUAUCAGAGCAAAUAUAUUUAAUUUAAUGUGGAAAAAUGGUUAAAACCUGGUUAAAUAAAGUAAACAAAUUAAAUCGGUAUGUAAACAACAGUUUGGGAUUGAUAAAUCACUUGACAUAACCUAUUUGAAACAAAUCAGUACAGGAUAUAUUUAAAUAUUGACAGAUUAUCAAAUGAAUUUUAUCCUGGACUGGGGAGCAAUAAAAAUAUCAUUGUAUUAUAUUAUACUAAGUGCAUUUAAAAUAAAUACAAGCCAACUACAGUACCA